AUGACGAAGGUGGACCUGCUGAACACUCUGGACGAUUUGAAAAAUGAGGAAUUUAAGCACUUCAAGUGGUGUCUGCAGGAGCCUGAUAUUCUGGAAGAGCACCAAACCAUCAAAGCCUCCUGGCUGGAGAAUGCAGAGAGACGACACACCGUGGAUCUGAUGGUGCAGACCUACCAACUUCCUGGAGCUGUGGAGGUCACCAAGAAGCUUUUAAAGACGAUCAACAGGAAUGAUCUGCUGCAGAGUUUACCAGACAUCAGCUCAGGACCAGAAGGUGUGAUUCCAGUACCAGAACCACGACACAUCUCAUACUACCAAGACGGUCUUCAAUCAAACCUCAAUGACCGCUUUAUGUGUGCACCACAGGGGUGGACUGCAGAUAAGAAACAUCUGGUUGAUAGCUACACAGAGCUGUACAUCACAGCAGGUGGUGAUGUACACAUCAACAGACAGCAUGAGACCAGACAGAUUGAGACAGCAAGAAAGCCAGCAGACACAGAGAAACCAAUUCAAUCCAGUGACAUGUUCAAAGACCCUUCUGGAGAAUAUAAACCCAUCAGAACAGUUCUGACCAAUGGACUUGCAGGAAUUGGAAAAACGUUCCUUGUACGUAAGUUUGUGUUGGACUGGGCUGAAGGACGAGCCAAUCAAGAUGUGCAUCUCAUUUUCCCCUUCACCUUCCGUCAGCUGAAUCCACUGAAGGAGGAAAAGUUUAGUUUGGCAGAGCUCAUUCAUGAAUGCAUCCCAGAAACUAAAGACAUCAAGGAAGAGGCUCUAAAUCACAUCUUUACAACUCUGCAGUCAUCAGGAAACACCAACUUUGGCAAGAGUCCAUUCAGACUUCUGUUUGUUUUGGACGGACUGGAUGAGAGCCGCCUUCAACUGGACUUUAAUGGAAAAGGCAUUCGCUCCAUUGAUGUAACAAAGUCAACUAGAGUAGAAGUACUGCUGAGAAACCUCAUCAAUGGGAAACUACUACGCUCAGCUCGCAUCUGGAUAACCACACGACCUGCAGCAGCCAAUCAGAUCCCUCGAGACUUCGUUGACAGCAUGACAGAGGUCAGAGGGUUCACUGACCCACAGAAGGAGGAGUACUUCAUGAAGAGAUUCAGAGAUGAAGAGCAGGCCAGAACCAUCAUCUCCCACAUCAAGAUAUCCCGAAGCCUCCACAUCAUGUGCCACAUCCCAGUCUUCUGCUGGAUCACUGCUACAGUUCUGGAGGAUGUGUUGAAAAGCAGAGAGAGAGGAGAACUGCCCAAGACCCUGACUGAGAUGUACAUCUACUUCCUGGUGUUCCAGAUUGAUCGGACAAAAGACAAAUAUGGCCAAGAAAAGUGCGUUCAGCACAUUAAGUCAUUAGCAAAACUGGCUUUUCAGCAGCUGAAAAAGGGUAACCUGAUCUUCUACGAGAAAGACCUGAGAGAGAGUGGCAUUGAUUUGAAAGAGGCAUCUGUGUGCUCAGGAGUGUUCACAGAGAUCUUUAAAGAGGAGCAUGGGAAGAAGAAGGAUGACAAAAAGAUGUUCAGCUUUGUCCAUCUGAGUGUUCAGGAGUUUCUUGCUGCUCUCCAUGUGAAGAUGUCACGCAUCAACAGCAACAAAAUCGUGAUGCCUUUUCCACAAACAAAAGUCCAAAAUAUGGGACUACUUUUAAGGAAAGCCUCUACCAGGAAGAUCCAUAGGAUUUACAUCGACGAGGCCUUACAGAGUCCAAAUGGACACCUGGACUUGUUCCUUCGCUUCCUCCUGGGUCUUUCACUGCAGACCAAUCAGGAUAAACUACAAGACCUGCUGAUAAAGACAGAAGGUAGCUCAGAGACCAAUCAGGAAACAGUCAAGUACAUCAAGAAGAAGCUCAGUGAGAAUGUGUCUGCAGAGAGAAGCAUCAAUCUGUUCCACUGUCUGAAUGAACUGAAUGAUCGUUCUCUAGUGGAGGAGAUCCAACAGUUCCUGAGAUCAGGAAGUCUCUCCACAGAUAAACUGUCUCCUGCUCAGUGGUCAGCUCUGGUCUUCAUCUUACUGUCAUCAGAAAAAGAUCUGGACGUGUUUGACCUGAAGAAAUACUCUGCUUCAGAGGAGGCUCUUCUGAGGCUGCUGCCAGUGGUCAAAGCCUCCAACAAAGCUCUGCUGAGCGGCUGUAAUCUGUCAGAGAGAAGCUGUGAACCCCUGUCAUCAGUUCUCAGCUCCCAGCCCUCUAAACUGAGAGAGCUGGACCUGAGCAACAACGACCUGCGGGAUUCAGGGGUGAAGUUUCUCUCUGCGGGACUGGAGAAUCCAAACUGUACUCUCGAGACUCUCAGGCUGUCGGGCUGCCUGAUCACAGAGGAAGGCUGUGCUUCUCUGAUCUCAGCUCUGAGAGUCAACCCCUCCCAUCUGAGAGAGCUGGACCUGAGCUACAAUCAUCCAGGAGACUCAGGAAUUAAGCUGCUGUCUGGUGGUCUGGAAGAUCCACGCUGGAAACUGGUCAUUCUCAGGGUGGACAAUUGUGGAAAGCAGAGGCUGAAACCUGGCCUGAGGAAGUAUGCCUGUGAACUCAAACUGGACACAAACACAGCACACAAGGAGCUUGUACUGUCGGACAACAACAGGAAGGUGACAGCAGUGACAGAGGAGCACAUCUAUAUGAACUAUAUGGACUGUCCAGAUAGAUUUGACGACUGGCUUCAGCUGAGGUGCAGAAAUGGUCUGACUGGUCGCUGUUACUGGGAGGUUGAAUGGGAAGGAGAUGUCCUUCUGUCAGUGACUCACACAGGAAUCCAAACGCAGAGAAACCGUGAUGACGAAGGGUUUUCAAGACACGAUCAGUCCUGGAAUCUGUACUGCUCCCAUGAAGGUUACUGUGUCUGUCACAAUACCACAGAAGUAUCAAUCCCUCUUCCCUCCUCCUCCUCCUCCUCCUCCUCCUCCUCCUCUGUCUCUAACAGAGUAGCAGUGUAUGUGGACUGUCCUGCUGGCACUCUGUCCUUCUACAGAGUCUCCUCUGACACACUGAUCCACCUCCACACCUUCAACACCACAUUCACUGAACGGCUUUACCCUGGGUUUGGGUUUGGCUCGUCUGGCUCUUCAGUGUCUCUGUGUUCACUGUAG